AUGAAACUUUUAAUUGUCGUAUUGUCAUCAAUCCUGCUUGCCUGCUCGGUUACUAUUGCUACUCCAAUUGAUCCCAGUGAAAUUACAAGUACUGAAUCUAGCGCUUCAACAGUUCUUCCCAGUGUGGCUACAACUACUUAUCCUAGCUCUUUGCCAACUCCCGAUAAAAAUGGUAUAGACUUGGACAACCUUGUCUCACUUCCAAGUAACAUCGAGGAUUUGCUCAAAGAAUACUUAGAAAGACGACAUAGUCGCAAUGAACAACGAAAAGUAUGCGAGUCAAUAAAAUCUGAAUACUAUGAUCAACAUAAACUGCUAAGCGAUCUAAAGAAACGCAUUCAAGCUUUGAAAGGUAAAUCUGGAAAAAAUGGCGGCAGCUCAAAACAUAAUGGCAAGAUUAGAAAGGUCGAGUUUGAGCUUGAAGGUCAAUAUUUCAAACUUGACAAGCUUAAAAAAGGUUUUGAAGAAUGCAAGUCCAAGUAUGAUCGUUUGGAUUUUGAACUGAAACUCGUCAAAAUACAACUCGUGGAGUGCGUUUUUGGAGAGCCUUGGAACGUCCAGUCGCUUAAUCAGAAACUUUCGCUUAUCCGCGUACACCCUGUCUUUAAGGGAUACCUUGAAGGACUAUGUGAAAAAUCAUCAGAAUGCAAGAAGGGUUCUGAUCAAGAUCCUAGUGAUCAUCAACAGCGUCUGCAUUUACAACCGCAAACACAGUCUGAAUCUCGCUCCUUCAAACAGAAAGCUUCCUCCUUUGGACAGAGAGCUUCUUCUAGUAUACGUAAUGCUUUCUCCAGACUUGGUGAUGGGUUUAGAUCACUUAUCGAUCGACUCAGGCGAAUCGGAUGUGGAAAUCAAUCCAAUCGAUCUGAAUGCUAG